AUGGAUUUUUAUGGUAGCCUUAUGGGUGAUCGCGUUAGGAGCAUUCAGCAUAUUGAUGUUGCUGCCAUGAGGGAGGGAAUCCAACUUGAUAUGGAUCAGAAACAUUUCCUCACUAGCCAUAUUAUUGUCAAGGAAAUUGAAAGUGCUCUUAAAGAUAUUGGAGACAAUAAAUCCUCUGGUAUUGAUGGAUUCAAUGCAAAACUGUUUAAGCAUUGUUGGCACUUUAUGAAAGUGAAUGUUAUUGUUGCUGUUAAUGAAUUUUUUAGGACUGGUGUGAUCAGAAAGAACUUCAACAAAAUAGUGGUAACUCUUAUUCCUAAGGGUGAUCAUGCUAAGAGUAUUAACGACUUUCGGCAUAUAGCGGGUUGUACCAUUUUCUUGAAGAUUAUAUCUAAAAUCCUAACUGCUAGAAUGAGGUUUGUUCUUCCUAGUGUUAUUAACAAGAAUCAAGCUGCGUUUGUUGCGGGACAAGACAUCCAUAACCAUAUCCAUCUUGCAUAUGAGUUGUUGAAGGGUUAUGAUAGAAAGAAAGGAACCCCUCGUUGUAUGUUUCAAAUCAAUUUGCAAAAAGCGUAUGACAUGGGGAGCAUUGGAGAUUAUUAUGAAGGAGAUAGGAUUCCCUAA